AUCAGCCGCCUUGGCGCCUUAGCAGUUUCGGUGGCCUCGGCGAUGAGCAUCUCGUGGCGCCCGCGACGUGUAAAGGUUACGACGCGGGUUGUCAUUAGUGCGUGUGGUGUAUAAUAGAAUGUGGAACGGCGCCGAAGGCGCCGAAACCGGCACUGUAAACCAGAGAGGCAUUUACCUUUUGAUCGGCGCAUUUCUCUUUUGCGUGUUACUCUAUAACGCUUGGGGUCCACUGCUCAUCGUCACCCUUGCCCUCGUCGUCGUCGUGCACACGUGUUACUCGCUUCUCGUCAACGACAGCUUAUUCGCACCAUACACUCUCGUGUUACUCGGUCAUGCCAGACAAAUAGUUUGGGAAUUGGCCGUAACGCUCAGAUUGUUGACUGUUCAAGCGAUUAAGAAAUUCAAAAAGUUACUGAGCUACCUCAGGACGCAUUACAACACUUGGUCAACAAGACAAUCUGUUGUAAAUACUGUCGGCAUUAAUAUUGACGAAGACAUGGACAGCAGACACAGGCGAACCUACAGUCUCAGCACUACGGGGAAUGAACUAAUGAAUCAAGUUAGUCCAAUAGGCAAAGACCAAUAUCACACAUUUACCUUCAAUGGGGCUCGUGAUAUUGCUAGGACUUCCACUCCUCUAUCUAAAGGCUCUACAUGGAAAAAGGAUGUUCAACCAAAUGGAGACUUAGGAUUGUUUGUACAUUCGAGCACUCCCAUGAUCAAGAAGCAGUCACCAACAAGAACUGAGAAUUCACAACCGUCACCAUCACAAAUACGUAGUGAUGAGUCAUUAUACGGACCAAAAGGCUCACCUUGGGGAGCAAGCAGUAGUCCCAAAACAAGGAACAGGCCCACAGGCAUUAAGACUGUGCAAACUGUAGCUGGUCCCCUUUUAGCAUCUACUAGAUACAAUAUUGAUCCUAAGUUAUAUACAGAUAUAAGUUCACCAGGUCUUACAUCACGUCUUACAAAAUAUGCAGCUGAAGCCAGUAAUAAGUUAACUCAUCAAUCUCAAUAUGGAGCAGGACAAUUUCCAAAAGUUAAUCUCAAUGCAAGUCCUAUACCCGUGUUGAGUCCUAAGGUUGCAAGAGCAAGAAUUCCAGUAACUGUUAGAAUUGCACCACCAGAAAUAGUCUACUAUUCAUCUGUAGAUACGCAUCAAGAAAGGCCCAAUUCUUCUCCGCAGGAACUUGAAGAAUCAAAGUCUUUAAUUAGUAUUGCCAAGUCACUAAAAAAACUUCCACUCAAACGACACACAUCUAGAGAGGAUAUCAUGCUGGAUUUAGCUAAAAAGCAACGUUUUGAAAGGAUUUUCGAUGGUGAAUUAGAAAAUUUGGAAGAAAUGAUGCAGAAACGUACUAGAGAAGAAUCAACAGCCUCGGAUGAGGAUGGAUCACCUCAGUCAAAAAAUGAAAGACCAUUGAAGAGAUCCAAAGCAUCUUCCUGUCACGAUGUCAUUAAUUCACUCAGUUCAAGCACAAGUGUCUACACUGGCAUUAAGAGAAAAGCAAUGGAUACAUCUCGCUGUAAUACUCCAAGUGUUGAGAAGCAUUUCAAACCCUCUACAACCUCUCCCACAAGGAGUUUAUCUUUAAUUUUACCAUCUACUAGAGAAUUAGCGAGGUCAAAAGAGCAGCUAAAUGUGAAAGUUCCUGUAAUUAAUAAAGAUAUCUCGCCUGAAAAACCCAAGGAGAAAAACUUGGAAAUUACAAAGCCUGAUUCUCCAGAAAAAUCAAAGUCUAAAUUACAUAAUACUUUGAAUUUACCAACUCCGAAAGUUCGAAGAGAAAUUCCGAAUAUUCCAGCAGCUAUUAAGCCACCAAUUAAACUUACGGAUAAGCUGUUCAUGAGAGCUGAACCUCAAGCUAAUGAAAAAAUUAAAUAUUUGAUUGAAGAGCAAGGUAAAGUAGAGGCGAAGUUCACGACAGAUGACAAGGAAGAGAUUAAAAAAGAAGAUAUCGUUAACAUGAGACAAAACAGUAUGCGUUUGAGACUUCAGAGUAUGUUUGAUGCUAUUUCUGGAAAAUCAAGUAAAAUCGAUCUAGAUGUUGUAAUUCAAGCUGAGGAAGUGAAUCCUCCAACUACCUCAUCUUAUACUUCCCUCAGCAGUCAGACUUCAACGACGACGGUGAAUACCUCGCCAAUUACAACAACAAUGGUGCCGAUUUUAAAGACGGACACGGAGACCAAGUCUCCGACGAACAAGCAUGUUACUUUCAAUCUUCCAUCCUCAUCAUCGUCAUUAAGCAGUACCGCUAGCACGGUUUCAAGUAUUGCUACAGAAACCAAGCCAGCUGAAACGAAACUUCCGACUUUAGUUCCGAAUUUGAACUUUGGCUCAAGUACAAGUAUUGCGCCGACGUUCAAUUCUGGUAGUAAUGUUACAACGACUGCGUCAAAUUCCGCGCCCACAUCAAUAACGACCAGUAGCUUUUCCUUCCCGACAAGCAGUAGUAUAGAAUCAUCAGUUACUUCACCAAAAACUACGAUCAACACAGCGAAAACAACUGCAAGCUCAAGUAUUAGUACUUCGCUCUUCACUAUCAAGCCAACUGAAACGAGUACUAGCACGACGUCAAAUUCUACGAUUUCGUUUGGUGCUACUGCAUCUAAGGCAGUUACAUCAGCAUCAACUGCUGUGUCAUCUGCAGCGCUAACAGCCGGAUUUUCUAUUCCAUCUACCGUUACUAAAACCACGGAGUCAGAUUUAAGCGGUGUUAGCUCUUCAACAGCAACAUUCGGAAACACGCUGACAAAGAGUCCGAUCACCAUGUCUCUUACACAAACUACGACCUCGUUACCAAGCUUUGGAAGUAGCAAAAAAGAACCAAUUUUCUCCUUUGGUGCGUCAUCGUCAACUUCCAGCAUUGCUCGAGCCACCACCGCUAGCCAACCACCUGCGAUAUUCGGUUCGACGACAACAUCAAGUCCGAUGUUCUCAGCUGGAAGCAAUAAUAAUCCACCAACCGUUUAUAAUGCUAAUAAUGCUACCAUAACUACUACGUCAACACCUGCUGCUACUACAUCCAUGUUUAACUUUGGAAGUACUAGUAAAUCACCAGCUACAUUCUCGUUUGGUGCUUCGACUGCUCCUGCUGCUACGACUACUGCAACUACUAUAACUCCUACUUUUGUAAGUGGCACUGUGACGGCUACGGGUUUUGGCGCUUCGGCUGCUACUGGUGCUAGUAAUCCUACUGUUACAAGUUUCUUUGGUACACCGCAGUCAUUAACUCCGACGUUUGGCACACCGACGCCAUCAGUCUUUGGUGGGAAAACUAGUGCACCGAGUCUGUUCAGUAGUUCAUCGUCCACCACCACCGCAAAUCUGAUUUUCAAGUCUCCCAGCGCACCGGUUACUUUUGGAGCACCACAGCCAACAGCAAUAACAACGGCAGCAACUACCUCAAUUUUUGGUGGUUCAUCAAACAGUGCGAGUUUCGGUGCCACACCAGCUACAACAUCAAUACCUAGUUUAUUUGGUAAUACAGCGGCCCCGGCUCCCAACACAAGUUUAUUUGGUAAUGCAUUAACGGCAACAACGACGCAACCAGCAUUCGGAAGUACCCAGUCGUCUAGCAUUUUCUCCGGCGCGAAUGCUACUACAGCUGGGACGACGUCGAUCUUUGGAGCGACGGCUUCUUCUGUGCCUAGUGGCGGAUUGUUUAGCGGAUCCAGUCUCACGAAUCAGACACCAGUGACAAAUCCAGCUGAUACUAGCAGCAUCUUUGGUCAAGCAAAGUCACCAACGCCAAUAUCAUUUGGUGGUUCAACAUCGGCCUUCGGCUCGACCACUGCAACUUUUCCAGCACCAAACGUUACAAGCUCAACGUCGGCCUUUGGUGCAACAUCGCCGGCAUCUAGUAGUUUACCAGCUUUUGGAUCGAUAAAGUCCACGCCACAAUUUGGCACGCCAGCUGCUACUCAACCAUCGAUAACUAGUCCUGGAACGUCAAUUUUUGGCUCAACAUCUAGCGGAAAUAGUUUCGGUGCAAACCCUGUACCCGCGUUUGGGGCUAACUCCAACGCUACCCCAACAUUUGGAUCGACUACUUCGACAGGCAAUACUUUUGGUAUGCCAUCAGCAAAUUCCAGUGUACCAGCCUUUGGAGCUUCCAACACACUCAGCUUCGGCUCUGCUACUAACAACGUUACAUCACCUUUUGGUGCAACGCAACCAGUGACUACUACUACGCCUUCACUGUUUGGUAACGUGGCACCGGCAGGUACUUCCACAACUUGUGCAAGUAGUACUUUUAGCUUUGGAAGCAAUCAGCCAACACAACCUGCAACUGCACAAUCUACUGGUGGAUCGUUCCCUUUUGGAUCGACGACGGCCAAUGCUGGCAGCAGCUCCGGAGUUUUCCAAUUUGGUGCUGCUAGUAGUGCAGCUAAGCCAGUCGGAUUCAACUUCAAUGCACCAACCGCGGCACCGCAAAUUAAUUUCACGGGCAAUACAACAGCAACGCCAUCAUUCAAUGCUCCAGCACCAAAUUUCCAACCACCUGGAACGAACAUGUUUAGCAUAGGUUCAGGUUCGUCGACACCUCGAUCGCGAACCAGCCGCGCCAGGCGGCAGAGAUGAUGGAGAAUUUAACGGGCUGACUCUAUACGUUCUCUGUAGUCUCUUAUAUUCUAGGCAAUUUUUUUUCUUGUACCGAAGGAGAUUAAGUGCGAAAUAACGCUACUUUUUUUCUUUUUUCUUUAUUACUUUUUUUAAAUAACGAAAGAAAGGGGUUGUAACCGGGUUAACGUAUUAUAAUUGACUCUAUCCGCGUACGCGGACGUACACACUGCCCUCGUAAUUUUUUAAUCGAAUUAGUCAAUGAGUAUAAUGAAAGUGAUACCUCAGUUUACGUACUUGGGAUGAGCCCCCUUUUUUCUUAAUAAAAUGGCAAGGUCAACGAACGUAUCACCGUUUAUUAAAUAUAAUGUGUUCAUACGUCGACGUAAAGAGGUGAGGUUCGUUGACGGUGCUAGUUUUACUUGCCACAUGGGUACACGGUUGGGCUCGAUGUACAUACUAAGAAAAUUUAAGUAGACCAAGUAGCAAGGAGUAGCAUUUAUAAAUAAAAUUUCUGUACAAUUACUCAAGCAAAGAUGAAUUGAAUGAAUGAUUCUUCCUGUGUACAAAAAAAAAAAGAAAACAUGACUGAUGAAAAGCAUGCAUCAUUAAAGAGAAAGUAAAUAUUUUUUAUUAAUUAUUUCAUUACUGUCCAGAUCAAGCUCAAAGCUUUAAGAAAAUUCAAUGGCUGUUCUAAGACGGCCAUUGUUUUUUGUCGGACUGUGACUAGAUUGUAAUUUAUCAAGUGCAAAAUGAGAUAAGAGUAGGAGGAAUGAUUCGUCGACUAGAGAACAAUUGUGGUUUUUUCUUCUUUUCUGCGUCUAACAACGUGUAAUGAUUUCUGAUUACACUUUGUUUGAUUUAUCUUAAGCUCGUUCAGAUCAAAAUAAUUAUCUUAAUCUUGUCUUAUUGUUAUAUAACGAAACAAGACCAAGGAAUGUUUGAUGCCAAGCUCAUCAUGGAACUUAGUGUUAAGAUUGUUUAGUCAAUAAGGAUUUGAUGUAACGUCUAAGCACUUGAAGGGGAGCUUAAGAUUUUUAAUAACUUUUUCUAGUAAGGCAAGGCGUAGUAAUAUUAAUCAUAUUACAGAAUACCGUACUUUACCAUAUUAUUAAUGAAAAUAAAACAUAUUCUUGUACUGUCUACAUCAAAACUUGUCUUGCUUACUUUUCUUAUGAAAAACUUUCCCUGAAAAACUUCAUUUAUUUUUACUUUAUUAUUAUUUUAUUAUUUUAUUUUCCUUUAUAAUUUAUUUAUUUGAUUGUUUGAGAAUAUUCGAUGUAUUAGCACUGUAUCAUUUGUUUUUACGUAGAUUGUUGAAGUAUAUAUGUUUUAAUGAAUAAUCCCGUGACCAGUUUUGUGGAAUUUUAAAAAUUGUUAUGUUUUUACUUGAA